CUUUGUCUGUCUCUGUCUACAAUACUUUCCCAUGUCUGUGUCUAGUUUCUAUAAUGUUUGGGUAAGCAGGCAGCUGUGAUUUAUAGUUUCAGUUUACUUAGGCUGGAAUCUUUCUUUCUUUGAUUGCAUCCAAACAUUGAAAUGCCAAAACUACUUAUGAUAGGAUUGUGUUGGCGCGAUAGAUGGAACCCACAUAGAAGCUUCGGUACCCAUCGAAAUGCAAAUUGCAUUUCGUGGAAGAAAAACCACGAAAACGCAAAAUGUAAUGGCUGUGUGUUCCUUUGACAUGAAGUUCAUAUUCGUGUACCCAGGUUGGGAAGGUAGCGCACACGACAGGCGUGUGUUCUUAGCAGCAGCCACGAAUCUGGCCUAUAUGUUCCCAUACCCACCAAUAAGUACUAUGUCGUCGAUUCUGGAUACACCAAUAUGGUAGGGUAUCUGGCUCCAUACAAAGGACAAAGAUAUCACAGAGACCAUUGGAAUGGGGCUAACACAAUAUUCGCCACACCACAGGAGCUAUUCAACUAUAAGCACUCGUCGUUGAGGAAUGUAAUCGAAAGAUGCUUUGGGGUGUUGAAAGCGAGGUUUCCAAUAUGGAAGUCAAUGCCAAACUAUAGCCUAGCUCGUCAGCCGUCGAUAGUUACGGCGUGUUGUGUUGUCCACAAUAUGAUCGUAAUCCACAAAGGGAGAGAUGAAUAUUUCGACGGCUAUAUGGAAGCGGACGAAUGGGAGGGAGAUAGUGAUGAUGGUGGUGGUGGUGCCGGCCAAGUAGAGCUUGUCAACACGUCUCUUCACAGUGUGCAAACGAUGGGAAAGAGGCGGGACGACAUGGCUAUUGCUAUGUGGGAUGCAUAUUGAAUUUCAUUCAUAAGCCUUGUGUGUUUAAUCGCAUUUGUAAUGUUGUACUAUAAAAUUGUACGGAUUGUAAUUUUAUUCGUAGGUAGGCCGUGGCUAACUAGUUAUGUUGUACUGAUCCUUUUUCCACAUCUUGGGAAUGUCAUAUUUCGCGGUACUGAGAAUCGCAAUUAGUAGUAUGAGAUUAUGGUGUUACUCAUGGUGGGAUUCUGUAUGUUUGGAGUUCACUAUGCUGGAUCUGUGAUGUUAUGAUAAUUGUUAACUUUAAUUUUGUUUUA